UCUCCAACCUCCCACCCAACCGUCAAUAACCGCUCAAAAAUCAGACGAGGCGGCCUUUUUUUUAAACAACUGUCAAGCCGGUAGGCGGUAGCCUCUGCCUCUCCCUACUGCGGUACUGCCUGCCUGAAAACGGGUUCAAACUUCAAAUCCACUCGCUUGUCCCCUUCCCUCCUCCGUCCUCUCUCUGCAACCCCAUACAUAUACUCUAUUCUGAUAUAGUUAUUCAUAACUCCAAUCCCUUUCACUACCCCAAAUGCGAUUCUGCAUAGUCAUUCUCGUCUUCGCCGUCUCCCUCUUUACAAGCUUUUGUACCGAGCUUUCGGAGUCAGGUACGUUGGUUGAAAGACCCUUGCCUAAAUUUGCUUUUAGUUGGUUAGAUGAUAAGAACACAUUCGACGCUGGUGAUAUAGCAACCAUCAAGAUCAAAGUGCUUGACUAUAUUGUCAAUGGCGAGAACCUUCUUGACGGAUACCCAGUUAAUCUUACAAUCUCGGUGAAUGGGAAAAGCGGAAAUAGUUCCUAUAUAUCUGGUGUCUUUUCAUCACUUGGUGGGGAUUGUACUGAUUGGAGUAUUUCCUUCAUACCAAUUACGGUUGGGUUGUUUAAUGUGAUGAUCAACGAUGAUUAUUUUGCAAUUUCAGAUUCCUCACUUCAUUUUCUAGUUUUGCCAGGUCGUAUGUACCCAUCUGUUUGUGUUGCUUCAUGGACGGAUAUUGUGAAUGAGUUUGUAGCAGGAACAAAAGCUGCAGUUAUGAUACUUCCAAAAGAUGCAUUUGGGAAUAAUAUCUCAUCAAUAAGUGCAGAACCCUAUUCUUAUAAAUUUAUGUUGACUGCAUUAUAUGAAAAUGGUUCCCUUGCAAGUUCUCUUAACAUCACUCAUGUGGAUUGGAAUGAAUUUGGUUAUCUUGUGGUCGAAUUUGUUGUUACGAUAGCAGGGAGCUUCAAAUUACAUAUAGAGGGGGAAAAUCAAAGCUUAAUUGGCUCACCCUUACCAUUAAAGGUGAAAUCAGGAUCUCUGGAUACAACAAACUGCUUGGCCAAAUGGAAUUAUGGAACAAAUGUCUUGCAGAUAUUCUCUAAGCUGGAAAUAUUUAUACACCAGAAAGAUCAGUAUGGGAAUCUUGUUCCGGGUUUAUAUGAAUUUGACGCUGAAGUUGUAGAGAAGGGAACAAACUUGUCUAUCCCAAUAGCAGAUUUGCAAUUUAAAGAAGUGAUACCAGGCAUUCAGUUAUUUUCUUUCAGUGUACUUGAACCAGGGGAAUUUGUGCUGACAAUUUUUGAUAUGGAGCAGAACCAGAGCAUCUCCAAUAUGCCCUAUGACUACACUGUCUUUGUAGGUUAUUGUGAUGAACUGAAUAGCGUCAUCAAUGGAUCUGGUUUAGCUGGUUCUAUUGCUGGGAAAAGUUCAAACUUUUCAGUUUAUCUGAAUGAUAUGUAUCAUUAUCCCUCUCCAGUAGAUACAGCAACGCUUUGGGUGAAAAUCAUGAGCAAAGUUGAUUCAAGUGAUGUGUUGGCUAACAUAUAUCCUGUGCAAAUUGCUGAUGGUGAUAGGCCUAUGUUCACUGGAGAAUAUAGCUAUGGUGCUGAAAAUGUUAUAGCAAGUAAUCCUGCACUGUUUCUUGAGCCAAAUAAUAAUAAUUCUACUGUAAGUGUAAAAUUUCAGACUAGCAUCUUUGAUGUCAUUUAUACUCCUGAAAGAUCUGGGACCUAUGAGAUUCAAGUGUUCUGUGGGAAUAUCCCACUCAAUGGUGGUCAUUCUUUUUUAAUGGAAGUAAAAGCAGGUGAGGUUGAUAUAACACUUUCACGCGUUGUUAAGUUUUCACCCAAUGUACAAAAUCUCAUUAAAAAUGAAGUAGUGGUUCAACUCAUGGAUUCAUUUUCUAAUCCUGUGCUUUCGCAACAAUCGAAGCUGAGCCUUGUGAUUGCUUCCAUUAACAAUUCUGAAUCCCUCAGUUGGAUGUUUUCUGAUAACAAGGAUGGAUCAUACGUUAGUUACUAUCUAGCUAAGGAUGUUGGAACCUAUGAGAUUUGCGUUUCAUUUGAGGGAAAGUAUUUGUAUCCUUGUCCCUUUGGGGCUUACGUGUAUAGCAGUGAAUAUUUUCCAAGAGUUUACAAUGAUACCCUAUCUGUCUGGGAGGAUGAGUCAAUUGCUUUUGAUGUGCUGGAGAAUGAUUAUUUUGCUGGUGACAAUGCGAGUAUUGUUGAAUCAUCAAUGCCACGCCAUGGAUCACUUUUGAAGUAUGGACGGCUAUUUAGAUACACCCCUCAUAAGGGUUAUUUUGGGAAUGACUCCUUUACCUACACAAUAUCUGAUAUAAAUGGUAACAUUGUUUCUGCCAUGGUAAUUAUUUCUGUCCUCGGCAUCCCACCACAGUUUGUUUCAUCACCUAUUCAAUUGAAAGCAACUGAAGACAUGAUAAGUCCCAGAUUUGGAGGAUUCCCUGGAUUUGAGAUAGCGUAUUCAGAUCUGAUGGAGAAUAUUUCUGUCACUCUCAGUUCACAAUCUGGCACUAUCUUUCUUUCUCCUAUGCUAAUGCAGUUUCAGGAUUUAGCAUGGAGUGGACUUUCUGUUAACAAAGGUGGAAAAGAAGGGAAGGGUUUGACAUUAGUAGGUGUUGUUGAAGUAAUUAAUCAUGCCCUUCAGUCAAUCCAAUAUCUUGGAAAUGAGAACUUCUUUGGAGAAGAUGCUAUCCAUGUCUCCAGCAUGAACAAAAAUGGAGCAAAUGAUGCCCAGGUUGUAGUUUCUGUGGAACCUAUAAAUGAUCCUCCAUUUAUUCAUGCCCCUGAAUUUAUAAUGCUGGAGGAGGACAACAAUGAUGGUUUACUGAAAAGAGACCAAUUUGAUUUCUUGAUAGGGGAUCCAGAUCUUCAACACUUUCCUGGUAAUGAGUCUUAUUUUUUGGUCACACUUUCCUUGGAAGUCAAUGUUGGUAUUCUUGUCACAAGUCUACCAGUUCAUCUUAUUAAUACAACUGAAUUGAAGAUAAAGGAUAGCCAUCAAUGGCAACCCCUCCAGAACUUUGUUACUAUUUCUAAACAUUUUCUCAUCAAGGGGAAAGGGAUUAGAUUCAGGGGAACAAUUAUGGAUUGCAACAAUGUCAUACAACAAUUGCAAUACCAAGGUGGAGAACCAGGUGCUGUUCUAACUGUCACUGUCAAUGAUAUGGGAAACUAUGGAUGUUGUCCGGAUUGUGCUGAAGGAAUGUCACUGCCACUUUUUUCUGAGGCUACUGUAAAUCUAAUAAGGAGGCGGCCAAUGAGUUCAAUGGUAGCUCAUACCAUGGGAGAAAUAAUCGUGGUUGGAUUUGUUGUAAUGUUUUCACUUGGAGUGGUACUUCUCAUUUUCAUAUGUAAAUGUGCAAUUGCUCUUGUGAAAGAAAGAAAAAGAUGCAAUGCUAGAAAAACUGAACUCUUGAAAAUGGAACAUUUCCAGAACCAUACUUCAAAUGCAACAUCAUUGGAUGAUGCAACUUACUUCACAGCCUGUUGUUCAAGCCCUUUCUUGCUUAGGAGCCAGAAUUCCAACUUCCGCCAGCGGUCAUGCCGUCAAUCUGGAACUCAAGGAUCUUGCAGUAAUGAAUAUUGCUCAUCUCAGUCCUCUGGCGAUUAGUAUCAGCAAACCUCUGAUACCACUUAACUGCCUCUUGCCACUGAAAAGAGACAGGAACUGCUUGAGUCCUUACAAUGAGGAAAAAGCUGUAGUUUUAACAUUUGUCCCUGUGAUAGGAAAUCUUGAUUGAACUUGGGUUGGCUAGAUUUAGUCACUAGCAAUGUGCUUAUCCAUAAUCACAUUUCAUCAAAGGGUUUUUGGAGUUA